UCCGCCCCGGCUCUGCCCCGCGCUCAGGGCAGCCAGGACGCCGCCGCCGCCGCCGCCGAGCAGCAGCAGCAGCAGCAGCAGCAGCAGGAGGAGGAGGAGGAGGAGGAGGAAGAGGAAGGUGCUCGCUCGCCCGCUCGCUCCCGCCGCCGCUCCGGCAUGAGCGCGGCUUUCCAGCCCUCGCUGAUGAUGAUGCAGCGCCCGCUGGGAAGCAGCACGGCCUUCAGCAUCGACUCGCUGAUCGGCAGCCCCCCGCCGCCCGCCCCCGGGCACUUCGUGUACACCGGCUACCCCAUGUUCAUGCCCUACCGGCCCGUGGUGCUGCCGCCGCCGCCGCCGCCGCCGCCCGCGCUGCCGCAGGGCGCGCUGCAGCCCGCGCUGCCCCCCGCGCACCCGCACCACCACCAGCUGCCCAGCCUGCCCUCCGGCUUCUGCUCCAGCCUGGCGCAGGGCAUGGCGCUCACCUCCACGCUCAUGGCCACGCUGCCCGGCACCUUCCCCGCCUCCCCGCAGCACCAGGAGGCCGCCAGGAAGUUCGCGCCGCCGGGGAACUUCGAGAAAGCCGACGGGAUACCCCCGGACGGCGGCGGCGACGACGGCAAAGCCUUCCUGGGCAAGGACGGGGCCCUCCUGCCCUUCCCCGCCGCCGACGCCGUCCAGGCUUCCCUCGCCGGGGCUCUCCGGGGCCAGGGCAAGGAGGACCCCAAAGCAGAGGAGGACGCGAAAGGCAAGGAGGAAAGUUUCUCCAUGGACAGCGAUCUAGAUUAUAGCUCGGACGACAACAUCCCCGGCCAGGCGGCUCACAAGGAAGAGGACUCUGGCAACGCGCUGGAGGAGAACCCCCAGAACCCCCCCAAUUCCACCAACACCACGUCCACGGGCAAAAACCGGCGGAGGCGAACAGCCUUCACCAGCGAGCAGCUGCUGGAGCUGGAGAAGGAAUUUCACUGCAAAAAGUACCUGUCCCUGACCGAGAGGUCCCAGAUCGCUCACGCCCUCAAACUCAGCGAGGUGCAGGUGAAAAUCUGGUUCCAGAACAGGCGGGCGAAAUGGAAACGGGUCAAGGCGGGCAACGCCAACUCCAAGACAGGGGAACCUUCCCGAAACCCCAAGAUCGUGGUGCCCAUCCCGGUGCACGUCAGCAGGUUCGCGAUCAGGAGUCAGCACCAGCAGCUGGAGCAAGCCCGACCCUGAUCUCUCCCUCCUCCCGCGCUCAGAGCCACAAGUUUUUAAAGGGAAAAGUUUCCAACCCGGGGUUUGAAGGCGACCAACCCGAGUAAAAACAAAAACGAGAGAAGCAAAAAAAAAAAAACCAACACAGAAAAACCCCACAAAAAAACCCAACAACAACAGCGACAAAAAAAACCCCGCCGCAAAAAAACCAAAACAGCACGAGAGAGAAAAAAAAAACCCCGCGCGAGCGCAUGGCAAACCCCCACCACGAGCGAACUUUAGAGCGAAACUUUCCGCUCACCGCGAGGGGAAGAGGCUUGGAAACGGUUUGGGUUGGGAGCAGGGAUAUCCCAGCUAGAAGGGACACGCGAACGCCUCCGCCCCGCGCACAGAGAUAUUUAUUGCGAGGCUGCCCCGCUUUGGACGCCCUUGGCUGCAGUGGGCACGGCGGAUGCGGAGCGGUGCCGGCGCUGGAUCCCCCUCACCGGAGCAUCCCCAGCGAAACCCGCGGCGCCUUUAGCCAUCUUUGGGGUUUUCUUUCUUAUUCGGGGGCGAAAGGUAAAAAAAAACAAAACAAAACAACAAAAAGACAAGAGAACAAAUGAACAAACAAACAAAACAAACAAACAAAAAAAAAAAACGAAAGAAAACUCAGAGUUUCAUUUCAUGCCUUUUUUAUUGUUUGGUUUUAUUGCCGAUGGCUGAGUGGCAGGCACUGGGGAAUGAGUUUUUCAAUCCUUUUUUUUUUUUUUUUUUUUUUUUGCCUGGCUUUCUGUCGAUUUGGUUUGCCUAUUCUACCAAGCCAUGUUUAAAGGAGAGAAGGGGAGGGGGGUGGGGAAAGGCAAAAGAAAAAAGAAAAAAAAAAAAAGCAGCAGCACGAUCUUCACUAUUGUGUUUAAUUUAUUUCAAUGUAGCUUAUUUCCUUAUAAAUUAUGAAAUUUAAAAGCAAACUAAGUCUUGUGAAUAAAAACUGACAAAGAAACAAAAAAGACUAAAAAAAAAAAAAAAAAAAAAAAAAGCCCCCCAGCCCCCGGCAGUUCUGCCCAGGAUUUGGCGUUGAGCUGAUUUUCCUUUUCCCUCCUGCGCUGCCGGAGCGGAGUGAUGCUGCUCUCGCCUGCAUUUUUGAUUUUCUGUUUUUGUGGUUUUUUUCUUUUUUUUUCUUUUGCGAAGCCACAUUUAUUGCCGGGGAGGGGGGGAGCCGGGUGGAAAACUUUCUCUAUUUUGGUUUGUUUUUGUUUUUUUUUCUAUUUUCCUUAUUUUGAGGGAUGAGAAAGCUGCAAGAAAAGCUGUUUAGCUGCGACUGAUCGGGGAUGGCCGCGGGGGUGGGGGGCAGGAGCACCCCCGCACCCUUCCCCAGCAGCCGGCGCCGCCCCAGCUCCUGU